AUCUAUGUAAAAUCAUAACUUUUUGGAAAUAUUUAUGUGAUUUUUUCAAAAAAUUAAAAUAACUACAAUAUUUGUUUAUGGAAUCUCUCCCCCUCCAAUAAUGGAAAUGGCAGUGACCCUCCGACGCCUUUUUCCGGCGUUCCUCCUCCUCCUAUUUUUCUCGGGAAACGCCCUUUCCGCCAGGAGGUGCGCCGACUGCGGCUCAACUCCGGUCCCGUACCCACUCAGCACCGGCCCUGACUGUGGCGACCAACUCUACAAGAUCCGCUGCAACGGCGGCGGGGGGCUGGUUUUCGACACGCUCAACAACACCUACGGCAUCACCUCCAUCAUCCCGAAGUCCCAGCGGCUCACGAUCGAGCCCGCACCGUUCUUACGGGACACCUGCGUCACGGAGGACAUCUCCACCGGCGGAAUCCUCCUCAAUUCGUCCCUCCCGUUCAAUAUCACCAGCAGCAACACGAUUCUGUACCUCAAUUGUACGGAUGCGCUGCUCGGUUCCCCGCUAAAUUGCUCAUCCAAUAGCGCCUGCCACGUCUACAUCAACGGCAGCCUCGCCGCUGGGGACGGUGUCGGGGCGUGCGCGAACGCGCCGCUCUGCUGCAGCUUAAGAGCCGGUGGGUCAUCUACGGCUGACAAGAUCCGGGUCAGGAUGACAGGUUGCCGGGCGUACCGGGCGUUCGUGAACUUGGACGAGUCUUUGCCGGUGGGCCGGUGGCCCAAACCAGCGUUGGAACUGGAGUGGGCGUCGCCGCCGGAGCCUCUGUGCGGCUCCCAAUUGGACUGUGAUUCCGGUUCGACGUGUCGACUCGACGGGAAUUCGGGUCGCCCCGUCAGCAGGUGCUUCUGUGAUUCUGGUUCACACUGGGAUCCAAUUCUUGGUUCAUGUGCUCGCAAUGUUUGCAAGUAUGGAUGUGGGAAUGACAAAACUGGCCUCAUAGCAGGGUUAUCUUCAGGAUUGGGCGUGGCAUUUCUUGCAGCAACUCUAGCAUUUUUCGUGUACAAACGUUACCAGCGCAUCAAGGAGGUCCGUGAUCGUCUAACUCGAGACCGAGAAGCCAUUCUCAAUGCCGGCGGUGGCGUAAACAAUGCAAAGCUCUUCAACGGGAAGGAAAUCAAGAGGGCAACCAACAACUUCUCGAGAGACAGACUCCUCGGUGCUGGCGGAUUCGGUGAAGUGUAUCGAGGGAUCCUCGACGAUGGGACGACAAUCGCCGUGAAAUGCGCAAAACUCGGCAACACCAAGGGCAUCGACCAAGUCCUAAACGAGGUGAGGAUCCUGUGUCACGUGAACCACAAGAACCUCGUCCGCCUCCUAGGCUGUUGUGUCGAGCUAGAACAACCUUUGCUGGUGUACGAGUACAUCUCGAACGGGACAUUGCUCGAUCACCUCCAAGGCAAAAACAAUCACGAGCAUCUCACGUGGGCCCAUCGCUUGAAGAUUGCGCACGCAACUGCCGAGGCACUGGCGUACCUCCAUUUCUCGGCGGUUCCCCCAAUCUACCAUCGCGACGUCAAGUCGAGCAACAUCUUGUUGGACCAGAAGCUCAAUGCCAAGGUGUCGGAUUUUGGACUUUCACGCUUGGCUCUUACAGACAUGAGCCACAUAUCCACUUGCGCUCAGGGGACCUUAGGCUACCUGGAUCCGGAAUACUAUAAAAACUACCAGUUGACUGACAAGAGCGACGUCUACAGCUUCGGAGUCGUUUUGCUAGAGUUGCUGACAACCCAAAAAGCAAUAGAUUUUAAUAGAGACCAAGACGAUGUUAACUUGGCGAUUUUUGUGCAACGUUUGGUGGGAGAGGAGAAGAUAAUGGACGCCGUGGAUCCGGUGUUGAAGGAAGGGGCGAUCAAUUUGGAGUUGGAGACGAUGAAGGCGCUCGGGUUUCUGGCUAUGGGGUGUUUGGAGGAGAGGAGGCAAAACAGGCCCUCCAUGAAAGAAGUUGUUGAAGAGAUUGAGUAUUUAAUCAGUGUGGCUACUGCUAGUGAUGAUGAUGAUGAUGAGAAAUAGUGAGCUGCGGUUAGGGAGCUUUAGCAGUUUAUAAUAGGGGAAAAGUAGGAUUUUCAUGUUUUUAUUUUUGAAAUAGGAAUUAAAAUGUAUUUAUAUUACCAUACAUUAUCAUGUACAUCACCAAAAAGUAUAGUAAUGUGCAUAUGUACAAUGUCACAUUACAAUCAUAAUGCGAAAUUCUAUUUCGGAAAUAAAAAUAUAAAAUUUUU